CUUGGUAGUGCUAGUGAUGUUGAUGGGCACCAUCAUAUGCUAGACCGCACCCUUUACCUGCAGCUGUUCUUCUAAAAUGGGACGGGCUGACCAAUUAGUAUGAGGGCGAGGCUCUGGCGAGGCUCUGGCGCAGGGAUCCGAUAGUGUCUCUCCUGCAGCUAACCUGUGCGCCACCACCAACAGUUGUCUAAGCAUAUGAGACAACCGGCUAGCUGGAUCAAAUUAUUUUAAAACAUCUCCCUAGCAAAUCCCGAUAGCUGACGACAAGGAUAUAUAAAACCCGGUCAACAUGGAGAAGGCGCCGCUCAUUGUUGCUGCCAUAAUAGCUUGGCUUAUAACUUGAUGGAUUCCUAUCACUCUAUUGUCUCGAUUCCGCCCCUUUGAGUUGUUUCCAAAGUCAAAAAACAUCGAGUAUUAAACGAAGCACCGCUACUACCUACCUGUCCCAUAUCACCGAUCGCGAAGGACGAUCUAGAUGGCCGCCCCAGAAGAUCCACGCACAAAGUUUGGGCUGACCUGUCCAGUAGACGGCAAAUUUCACAUAUGUCAGAAAUCAUCGACGAAAUUCAUCGGCUGUUGUAAGGUGGACCCAUGCACUUCAGAACUCGAUGGGGUAUGCCCCGACUCAGAGCUCUUCGUCGCUAGUUACAGCGCUGCUAGUGGUGUUAUGUUCUUGAAGCAAGACUGCGCCGACCCUCUCAAUGGCAGCUGGUACACGUGCGAUAACGCCCGGCCGCCAUUUCUCGGAUGUUGCAAGAAUAAUCCAUGCAACAACGGCUGUUUGGAUGGCAACCUUGUCGCCGCGGCUUUGAGUAACGACCCGAGAAAUGCUAGUCAGCUGAUGUUGCCAGACACGACGACGACCACCACCACUGGUACCAUAAGUAGUAGUUCUAGCUCGAGUACGACGGGCACAGCUGUGUUGCCGAAAGGUACUGAGAGUUCAAGCUCAAGCGAUGGUGCCCGCGCUGGGAUGAUCGCUGGAAUUUCGGUUGCCGGUGUUGUGAUACUGUUGCUAGUUAUAGCAGCGUAUCUAUGGGUCAAAAGGAGGGAGCGCGCUCGGCAGGAAUCUGAAUACGAACCGGGACUGGCUAAUGGCACGUCGGAGAAUGUGAUACCGUCCCAUGGUUUCUUCCAAGGUAAAUACUCAUGACCCCAGAGUUGAUAACACUAUCGGGUCUGAAUGUUGGAAGACGUCACACAUAUCAUAUGAUUAAUUCGCUUAUUGACUUGUUGGCUCAGAAACCUCGCCUGUCGAGAAACGCGUAUUUCUUUCCCCGGAUUCAAACCGAUCAUCGUGCGACCCUCGAGCCACUGUUACGAGUCCAUCCACUUCGGAGAAUUUUCAAAGCCCCCAUAUCUCAU